UCCACUCUCAUCUUGAUUAGUUCACGCCUUCACGGUUCUAUUACGUGCGGAUGUAAUUGUUUUUAAAGGGUUAGAAUUUUUCGACGAGAGAGUUACGAUUUUUUUAACAUAAGCGAUGGCGCAUAUUCCUUCGGAGCUCAUAUCUCAUCAACAGAAAGUGUGUAGGCUGUACAAACGUGCCGCACGUUGUAUAGAGGAUUGGUAUCACAAUGUGCAUGAUCGCAGAUUCCGAGCUGCAUUGUUGCGGGAGCGUUUCGACAAGAAUAAAGAUAUAAAAGAUUUAAGUUAUGCCAAGCAUCUAUUACAAGAAGGAGAGAAAGAGCUCUUUUCCAAUCAACAUUUUCAACCGAUAAGAUUCGCCAAUUCAGCCACGGGAGGAGCGUACGGCCGAGAGGCCCCAGUCUCGGACUGGGUCUUGGAUUAUUGGCAUCCCAUGGAGAAGGCUAUGUAUCCUAAGUACUUCGCGCGUCGCGAACAAAUGAAGGAUGAAUAUGAAAAAUGGUACUUCGAGACUUAUCCAGAAGAGAAAAAAAAGCUUGGCGAUCACUAAGUAGUCUGCGAACGUGUUGUAUCGAUGCAUUACUUGUAGAUAAUAUUGUAAUAUAGAAUGUAUAUUAUUAUGAAAGCUGUAUAUGCUGUAUCUAUUUCAUAAUCCAUAAAUAUAUCAACAAACGUGCACCGUU